AAAGAGCAACACGUUAAGCGAAAGGGCGAUCGCCAAUUGCGUUCCUCCUUUUGGGCCCCACCGGGCUUCCGUACUACGGCAGUCACUGAUAGCAAAACCGACAGCAACCGACAGCACCUACCCGAACAGGUGAAAGUAUUCUCUAGCAACUUUUCUCGUGAGUGCCGUGUCUUCAGAAACAACCCAGCUCGUGUUCUAAAGCCCCCAGAUCGCCUUAAUUGUCCUUUUUGAGAAAAUGGCAUCAAUGAUCAGCGUCCACACCACCGCCUCGCGCUUCGCGCUGCUGCAGAUAGACUCGGAUUCGGACUCCGACGCCUCCGACGGGGGGAAGACCUCCACCAAAACCGGACGGGACGGGAAGCCUCGGCAAGGGAAGGCAGGAGCAGCCGGGAGCAAAGCGGCUCAGUGCAACGACAAGAGGAAGGACAAGAAGAAGAAGAAGAGGGAACAGCAGCAGAGCGAGGCCAACGAGUUACGCAAUCUGGCCUUCAAGAAGAUUGCUCAGAAGCCCUGUGCCCCGCCCCCCUGUAUGACACUGUCAGGAAUAGCUGGGGAACUUCUCAGUCCUGCAGCAGCAGACCACAAUAUGCCCCCAGAGGGGUGGCAGCAGUGGAAGAAGAAGGAUGAGCAGAUAACCUCUGAGCUUUAUGAGGCCGACUUGGAAACGGCCUUGAUUCUAAGUAAACAAGAGUUUGAACAAAAGAAACUGCCCAACAACACAAACGCGUCCUCGCCUAAGUCUCGAGGAGGAAAAGAGGGCGUAGGGAAGAAGGACAAAAAGAAGAAUCAGCAGGCAAAAGAUAAAAAGACGGUUUCACUGCAGGACUUCCACGCUGAUGGCAGUGCAGAACAAAAGAAACAAGAGAAAGAGGACGCCAGGGGGGCCAACCUCGCGCUGGGAACCGGGCAGGAGGAGCGUUUUUUCAACAAGGUCGAGGACGACGUCACUCGGAUCGUCCAACAGGAGAAGAAACGUGAGCAGUACACCAACAGCCACGGACCGGAAGCCACCACCACGACAGAACACGAGCCGGAUCCCCGAGCAGAGCAGCUGAAGUACGACCUGGAGAAGAAAGACCAGGAAAUCGAAAAGCUAAAGAAGAACAUCUCGCAGUGGGAGGUGAAAUACAAAGAGGUGAAAGCAAGAAAUUCCCAGCUGCUUAAGAUGCUCCAACAGGGAGAGAUGAAAGAUAAAGCAGAACUCCUUCUACAGGUAGAAGAGCUGCUACACAUAAAAGAAGAGCUGUCAGCAGAGGUAGCAUCACUACACGGUGCACUAGAACAAGAGCGGUCUAAAGUCAAAGGUCUGCAGUCAGACCAACUAAAGCAUCAGGGAAACAAGAAAGGGAAGAAAGGCCCCGACAUGGAUCUAUGAAGAGUCAAAUUAAAUAAACAAAAGAAAAGCACUGCUGCUAAUAAUCAGGGUUCUCUUACCUUAUUUUAAUUUUAUUUAGCUCGGACUUCAUGUCGGCAUAUAAUGCAUGCCCUCCCUAAACACACACACACACACACACAGAGGUAUUACACAGCUGAACAAGAAUUGCAGAUGCUUUUAAAAAAUUUAUUAUGUUUAAACUUUGUUGAAGUGGUGGCCUGGCAGUCAGUCGGCUCUCGGUGCGGCCCUCUGCUGGCACAGACAUCUCUCUGUGGGGUGUUUAAUGCCAAACUUUUUUGUUUGUUCUUGCUGUUAAGUAAAUAAAAUACUUUUUCAGUGAAAAAAAA